GCAAAAGUGUGAGAGCCUCGUUUUCGUAUGCCGGUAGUACCAUGUGACUGUAUUACAACAUGGCUUCCGAAAGAGACGAGUCGAGAGAGCAGGGGGCAACUUCCCAAUCUGAAGAUGGAGAGAAGGAUGGUGGCAUUGCAGUUGUGGAUGAUGCAGUUGCUUCUCCUGAGAUGCUAAUUAAGCAUCCUUUGCAGAACAGAUGGUCCUUGUGGUUUUUCAAGAAUGACAAGAAUAGAGAUUGGACAGAGAAUCAGCGUUGUAUCACCUCUUUUGAUACAGUGGAGGACUUUUGGGGGUUGUACAACCAUGUACAGAAAGCCAGCAAGUUGCCUCCGGGCUGUGACUAUUCCAUGUUUAAGGAAGGAAUACAGCCGGCAUGGGAAGAUUCUCGCAAUAAGAAUGGUGGCCGCUGGCUUAUUAGUCUCAACAAACAACAGAGACAUACAGAUCUUGAUAAUUUUUGGCUGGAAACGUUACUGUGUUUGAUCGGGGAGGCCUUUGAUGAACAAAGUGAUGAUGUAUGCGGAGCAGUGGUUAACAUUCGAGGCAAAGGGGACAAGUUAGCAUUAUGGACAGUUGAUGCAAAUAGAGCAGAAUCCAACACAAAAAUUGGAAAGAAAUUGAAAGAACGGCUUAAUAUACCUGCAAAGUUUCCAAUAGGUUUCCAGGCUCACCAAGAUACCAUAUCAAAAACAGGUUCGACUGCCAAGAAUCGUUUCACUGUCUAACAUUUGGCCUUGUAAAGUGACAAUGCUGGGCUGUGCAUAUUUGAAUGCAGGUGGUUCCAGUGCUAUGCUUGGCAGCAAGAAGUGUUCCCCAUCAAUGGAGUGAUGGCUACCCUGCCAACUUGCCUGUCUGCGCACCAACAUACCUGUGUGUCUGUGUCUGCCUGCCUGCCUACCACCAGCCUGCCGGCCCCUGUCAUUGGUUGUGGCAUCCCCUUGUGUACAGUACAUAUAAGGCAGAGAGACACAAACACAUGAUAGCUGCUUGCUCCUUGACACUUUAUAUUCAUGGAUUUAACAGUUGAAAACACUAAAGACAAAAGGACUAUCUACACUUCUGAAUGACCAAUAUGUGGACUACCUUAUUAUGUGUAGUUCCUCUUCGAUAAAGUUGUGUCCAAGACAAUUCUAAAAGAAAAAAAAAUAAUGUAUCAUAUUUUCAUACAUAUGUAAAAAAAAAUCAUGUCCAUGGUUCAAUAAUUCAUCAUCGUAAGUAAUGAUGGCCUCAGAGCUUUACAGCAUGGGUGUGUUUACAUUUCAACCACAUGGAGAUCUAUACUGUUCAUUUGUUAUUUAUAAAUACUAGUUCACAUUGUUAUAACCAUGUUUACUUUCCGUGGGUUGAAAUGGAAACAAGAGUAACCAUUGUCUUGCAAGUGUAAUCUCUCCUUUUCAAUAUGUUCCCUUUUGUUUGCGUUAAAUGCAGCUCACCUGAACAUGUAAUUACGCUCUUGUUUUAUUGUCUUUAUUUACCAAACGAAAUCAAGUUGCAUCAAAGGAACAGACCAUUUAUUAUGGUGGUGGUGAACUCGAGAGCAUGAGAGGAGGGUCUCCAUUGUGAUGAUAGUUGUAGGGAGAGUUUUGUGUAAAUAAAUGUGCUAUUUUGGGAGGGUCGAGAAAAAGGGCAGAUUUUUAUCUCAUCUUGGUCAAGCCAUGUGAGUUAAUUGAUGGCCUGUGUGUCCAUUGUAAAUAUCACCCCUCAGAACAACUGGACAAAUGAAGCUGAAACUUUGCUUACUAAUUUCUAUCAUUCUAUCAAUUUGCAGUUCAAGAGGUUCCAAUCUGAUUUGCAAAAUGGCUGCCUAUUGAAAAAGACAAACUUUAUGGACAUCACUUGGCCAUUGUUUUGAGAUUGAUAUUGUUUUGUUUAUGGUAGGGCUGAACCUAUUUUUUCAAUUUUUGAAUUUUAAACUUGAUUUGAAGUAAGAAAAUUGAAUGUUGUUCAUUCCUUUAGAUUCCCUAAAGAUGUAUUCUAUGCUCUCUUAAGUUCUUGACUCAUAAAGUAGACAUUUGGCACAUACAUUUCUAUCAAUAGUGAGAUGAAAUUUCUUUAAAAGUGGCAUAAUGGGGAUUCUUGGGCAGAUUACUAUGAUUGUAAUAAGAGCCAUCUAAUCAGUUGUUAACAGUACAGGACCUGGCUUAUUGUGUGUCCUAUUUGGAUGGCAUAGAUUGUUGCUCAUGCAGCCAACCACAAGAUUUUCUGGCCUGGACUAGGACUAUUUACAGGCAACAUUGACGUAACUGAAAUAUUAUAGACUUUCUCUUACUUAAAUAGUAUUUAGAAUUUUCAUAAGAAAUGUUUAAAAUUUGAAAACAUCUUCUAAAAAAUCUGCAAGAUUUUCAAAGUGCAAACCUUGUGUGAACGCUAAUGAUUAGUGCUUUUGAGUUUAUUAAGGCAUGAUGAUAGACAUAAAUCUGUCCACAACAAUAAUAUUUUGAAUAAAACCCAGAAAUUCCUGCUUCAUUCCAUGUUAUUAUCAAUUGGCUAUCCAUGUGGUUAUGUUUGUCAUUAACUUUUGCAAUUUCCAUAUCUCCUGAAAUUUCAAAGCCUGGAAAUGAAAAUCCAGUUGUGGGGUCUCCAAGUAGCUCACAGAAUUCCAGAAGCCAUGUUUUAAACAUGUUCAAGUACUCAUGACAGCCAUUAUGAAAAUGUCAUUUUUCCACAAUGUUCAGCCACUUCAAGGUUCUGAAUUUUAUAUUCUGUAAGAUUUGGGAAUAAAACUUAUAAAAACAAAUGAAUUGGUUCUUAGGCAAUGACGUUUGAAAAUAUAAUGCGGGUGGGCACUGGUAGUUUUUUGUUUGUUCAAACUGUAGUAUGUAAGCAAAUGAACAGUUGUGUACCAUCAACCUGGGAAAGGGUCUCCCUACAUAAACAAGCAUACAAAUUCCUAUUGCCGCCAUAAAGCAGUGCACAUGUGAAGGGAAGUAACUGUGUGGUAUAUUGGAUCACAUUCUUUUGAAGUAUUAGAAUUUUUUAAUUGUUUUUGAAAAUGGAAAUAAAAACGAAACUUGCGGCAGACUUUAUGGUGAAGCGGGCGGUGCCUGAGAACCAAGACUAUUAUUUAUUUUAGCCUAACGUAGCAUGUUUGAAAUAUUUCUUUUCACAACUUUGAUCUUUGACAGUUGUGCCAUACAGUCAUAAUGAACUUGUAGACCAACCGUUCAAUAUUUCUUAAUGAAUGCAAGUGCUUAGCCUUGUGCCUAAUUGUUGAAUUAACUUAUUGAAUUGUUUAUUGAAAAGCUCCAUUACUAUUCAAUUGAUUUGGAGGCAUAGAAGGCACCUAACAGAAGGGAGCAUUUUGCUCAUAACAUUUUCCACUGGUUGGUCUGGUCCUUCUGCUUGGAAGUUGCUGUAAUAUUGCUAGCAGCAGUGGUUGUCAACAAACAAGUUGUAGAGGCAUGGGACUUUCUGUUUUCUAUAUUUUCCCCAACCAGAAGUAAUAUCAUUGAAUGGGAGUGUUAUCAUCCAACUUGGAAGUGUGUGUAACAUUCUUUUGAAGAUAGUUGGAGGCAUAGGUCUUUAUGGUUUAAAGCUGUCUUGCAUUAGACGUGUGUCAAGAAUAUAUUUCAUAACAUAACAGGAAAAGUGUCUUUAGGCUCAUUGUGUUAGCAGAGGCAAGGUUGUUUAAUCCAGUAUGAGGUUGUGGUAUGCAUGCAUCAACAAACUGACAGAAAUGGCGUGACAUUGGAAAUUUGGGGUGGUUAUGUAUUAAUUCCUCUAGUUCUCCAUUACCCCUUCAUAAAAUAUUUGGGGCGGUCGGGUAGCCUAGUGGUUAAAGCGUUAACUCGUCAUGCCGAAGACCCGGGUUCGAUUCCCGACAUGGGUACAAUGUGUGAAGCCCAUUUCUGGUGUCCCCCGCCGUGAUAUUGCUGGAAUAUUGCUAAAAGCGGCGUAAAACCAUACUCACUCACUUAUAAAAUAUUUGGACAUCAAUAUUGACAGCAACUUAUUAACUUAAUAAAUCUCCAGGUGAGCUGCAGUGCAGUCACACUUUUUUUGUACCUGUUACAGUAUUGGUAAUCUUUGUGUCAUUUCAUUGUGAUGUCUACAAUUUGGCACCAUGUUUUGCUUUUUAUCACUUUUAGCAUAAAGCUGUGUUGCAACUUUCAAGCCUGAGGUUAGCCAACUACACAGACCAUUUUUAUUUGUCGGAUUCUCUCCCGUGACUCUGCUAAAGUUUGUUCGCUCCAAGCAAUGUUGGUACUAUCACAAGUCAAAUGAUAAUUUUUUUUAAAAUCAGUUUUGGCCUCCAUAUCAUGCAUGCUGAAAAUCUCUUUUGGUUUAUUUUAUAUAAUUUUUGCAAAGUACCUUCGUUAGGUACUUACAGCGAUGCUAAUGAUGCUUUCCUCUUCACAUGUUAUUAUUUAUCUGAAUCUAGUGAUGUUAACAAGAUAUGUUUCACUGUUAUUUGUAACUUGCAUGUAGAGUGUCUUAAAAUUGAUUCAUGUUUAUUAGAAAUGCUAAUUUUCCUUUCACUUUGAGGGAAGUUAUGUCAGAUGCAAUGAUCGUGUGUCUCACUAUACAUUGUUUCCUUAUUUCAUAAGACCCCACUGUUGUGUUCAGGUGAGCUCUCAUGCCGAUGUUGGCUCUAUUUCUGUGACCUUAAGUGGCCUCAUUCUAAAUAACUUUCAUAAAUGAUCUCUGCAAUAUAUGGCCUGAAAUUGGUAUUAUAAUAAAUUGUCCACUCCCCUUUUUUUAUAAACAUUCCUUAUGAGAUUGAUUUUAAGAUGAUUAAUGUGAUUAGGCCAGGUUCAUUUGAUUUUAGCUUACCUCAACUGAAGUUCAAGUGAGCUUUUCCCAGGAGCAUUGUCUGUCAUCUUCCCAUGCAUACAGUAAUUGUAAACAUUCAAUUUCUCUAUGAAGCUAAGGUAGAGAUGCCAACCAUUAUGAUUUCGGCCAAAUAGUUACAAUUUUGAGCCUAAAAAUAAGCCAUUCCUCCUUGAAACACAUUUUUUUUCAUUAAUUAUUUAAAUUUAUUACAUGCCCGUGUACACAUCGUUUAAUACCAAAGCACUUGCCUAUGUGCUGCGGGGAACAAGUUACACUGACAAAGCUCUCAACAUCUCUUGGCUUAUUCAACGACAUAGUAUGAGGAGAUGAUAGAUCACUGAGAGGAGCUUAUGCACACUCAAUGACCCCAGCAACCCCGUUGCUAGGCUGACAUCACAUGGCAUUGUUUCGCUGGAGGAUCUUGCAACAUAAUUCCACAGGUCAUAGAGUAUUGUGACGUGAUUGUAAACUUUGUGGUGCAGGUCUCGCUUUCACUCGUCAAUUACAAGAACUAUUCACCCGUUUCAUAAAAUUGGUAUUACACGGGAGCGCAUUUAGGAUUCUAUAUGCAUAAAAUAUCCAAGAGAGCAAAUUGUGAGAUGAAACAUUCUACAACAAGGUCAAUGUCCACUACUCAGAGAUACGAGGUCUCUGAUUAGUUAUUAUGCUAAAACACUCAAGUCAUGUUAUCGCUAGAUCUUUGUUGGUGCAGUUGGUAACUAAUUGCAAAUUGAUAACUUUAUUACUACAAAACUUAGAACACAUUAGAUAGUCUCAAAGGUGACACCCUUUCUAAGAAAGUUAACAUUAACAUUUUUGUUUGCCCCACUGAUUGCUCAAAAGCUUCAAUUAGGGUUGGCAUUUCUGCUAAGGUUCUACACUGAUGAUCCCAGAAUUAAAUAAUUCUCACCAAACUGAUUUUAAACAUGGUUUCCAAGGCAACCAUAUUGAAAUUGUCACGUUUACUGUAACAUUGAUAUUUCUUCAGGCAUCAUUUGAUGUGCAGUUAAAAAAUGUUGUAUGCAGAAUAAUGUUAGUUAUAUUAUUGUUAUCAACUAUGACCUUUACAUACCCCUGUAAAUCUAGUCUUACUGCAUUUGGACAUCUUUUUUUUAAACCAAAAUACCUUAUAUUGAGUAUACUCUGAAAAUGAAUAUUUGGCCAGAUACAAUUACUAAAUUCUCAAUGUGUAAUUCCAUGUACAUAUAGUUUGGAUGUCUUCAGGUGAACUAGUCUGUAGCUCUAUAUUUAGUACUGGAAUUGUUUCACUCUUCUGGGUUUUUUGUUUCCAUCGUGAACUUCGGAAGAUAUACAGAUGCAUGUGUAUGCUCCAGAAUCAGGAUUCAGGAUUUCUUUGAAUUUAAGGAAAAUAUUGGAAUUCAGACAUAUGUAAUUAAUUACCAGGGGGUAAAUGCAUGUUUGACAGGAUGUUAUUCAGAUUAUCACAUAGUCCUCUUCAUAAACAUCUUUUGUUUUGUAUGUUUUGCUAGUUGUCACAUCCUAACAUGUAGUUUCUUGUUGAAAGCAGAUAGCUGGUUUUUGGGUCGUUAUAUGUUGAGGUGUAAGCCAGUACAACUGAUCAACAGAAGUAACAUGAUCAGUUGCAGAAAGGCUGGGAAUGAGCUUCUACUUUAGUUAUUAUGGUUUCAAUCAAAUGUUGCAUUUAAUUAAUUUACAAAGAUGAAUAGAGAAUUGGAUGAAGGUGACUGUGGCAGAUUCAGUUAUUAUAGUUCACAUCUUUGAGCAGUAUUUCUUUUUGUUCUUCACACUGUCUUUGAAAAAGAAAUUGCCAUUAAAUGACUGAUACAUUAGAUAUGUAAUUACAUGUGGCCAGAGAUUUGUCAAAAACUGUGGUUUCUAAUUGAAGGCAUAUCAUCCGUGUCACGACAAUCAUUGUUGAAAAUUAUACAUUUCUUUUUUUUCUGAAUGGGGAUAAAUCAGCGCUGGAUUCAUUUAAAGUGUUUGGGGCAAUAGUUCACAGUGACAAGGGCAGAUUUACUUACUAGAAAAAAAUAAACUUGAAAUCUACUCUCUCUUUUUCCCUUUCAUUAGUGUGUAUGAGCUACGCAGUUGAACAUGGUACAAUGGAAUAGAAAUGGCUAAGGAGAAUGCUUUUACUGGUUCGUUUAUGGAUAAAACUUAAAAUUGCCACAGCAGCCACAUUGAAAAUAUCAUUCUUAGCUCACCUUGUUGACGGUUAAUUCAUGUGUUUUUCCUUGACAUCCAUUGUCUAUAGUGUGUCUCCAAAGAUACCACUGGACCAAAAAAGCUGAAACUUUACAUACCCCGGUAUUUGUUUCCGUCAGUGAUGACACCCGGAUCUAUUUAAAAGAUUCACAUCCAAUUUUCAAUAUGGCCACCACAGCAGCAGUUGUCCCAGCGACUGGAUGAUGACGUUGUUGAUUUCUCAGUAGCACUUCAUGAUCCUAACCAUCACCUCAUCUGAAUAAAAUGGGUUUUCUUUCAAA